AUGGCCUCAGAAAAUGAAGAAACCCUAGAAUCUGGUUCCAAUGUUGUUCCUGAGACCCAACCAAAGAAGGAUUGGAUUCUUUUGUCCAUUAGAAUCAUUACAUUCUUGGCCACUGCAUCAGCUACAAUUGUUAUGUCACUCAACAAACAAACCAAAAACUUUGUUGUUGCCACCAUUGGUAGCACUCCAGUUACAGUUCCUCUUGUUGCAAAGUUUCAACAGACUCCUACUUUUAUAUUCUUUGUGGUAGCUAAUGGAAUUGUGAGUGUCCAUAACUUGGUGAUGAUAGCAAUGGAUAUAUUAGGACCCAAAUUUGAUAACAAAGGGCUUCAAUUUGCACUAAUUGCAGUAUUAGACACAAUGGCUUUGGCUCUUGCAUCAGCUGGAGAUGGUGCAGCAACAUCUAUGUCAGAAUUGGGAAAGAAUGGUAAUUCACAUGCAAAAUGGAAUAAAAUAUGUGACAAAUUUGAGAGUUAUUGCAAGAGAGGUGGUGGUGCAUUGAUUGCUUCAUUCAUUGGCCUCAUUCUUCUCCUCAUUGUUACAGUCAUGUCCAUCAACAAGCUCCUUAAACUAACUAAAUAG